GAAAAACUACAACUCUUUAAUUUCUUACUUUAUUAAUUUGUAUUUCUUUUGAAGUAAAAUACGUUGAAUAUUUAACAAUGAAAUACAGUUCAUUAAAAGUGAUAAAAAAGCAGACGAUAAAAGUGAACUAAUGUUUCGAAUGUCUGGAAACUGCGAGAUUUCCGGUUGGAUUUUCAAUAUACCAUAAAACAAAUUCCGGAAUUUUCUACUUAAACAGUGAGACUGAAAUGAAUACGUUUAUUUCAAUCAUAUAUUUUUUUUCAGAAACUUAGAAAUUUGCAUCAGAGACACGAAGAGGAUUAAAAUUUGACUGUAUGAGUCCUAAGUGAAUCAAAACAACGAUCACGAGUAUUAAGAAAAUCGUUGAUGUAAUUCCGAUGAUAGGAUAAUUUCAUAUCACAAAUGAAGGUUUUUGAUUAACUGAUUAUUUGAUCAACUGAUUGUUUGAUUACAUCUGCGAAUUCUGAUUCUAUAUUUUACCAAAGGAUUUAAUCACGAAUAAAAAAACUUCAGAUACCAUACGUCGCGUAGAAAAACACGGUGAAAAAAUGGCACACAAAUUCAAAGAAAUUUUUCUAUUUUUGAUGUUCUUCAUCAUAACUUACGUAACCAGUGAGCCUGUACAGUCUCAACUCGAUAAUUUAGCCCUGGAAAAUUUACUAGAAUAUCUGAGAAUUCCUUCGGUCCAGCCUGAUGUUAAUUACGAUGAUUGUGUUAAAUUUUUAAAAAAACAAGCUCAUUCUUUGGGUCUUCCAAUAAGAGUAUUUGAACCAGUUUUUGAAAAACCAAUAGUUGUAAUCACAUGGGAAGGUUUGGAACCCGAAAACCCGUCAAUUUUAUUAAACGGCCACAUGGACGUUGUACCGGUCUAUCCUGCUGAAUGGAAAUAUCCACCCUUCGCAGCCCAUAUGGACGAAGAAGGAAAUAUUUAUGCCCGAGGAAGUCAAGAUACCAAAAGUUCCAGCAUUCAACAUAUAGAAGCAAUCCGUCGAUUAAAAUUGAAUGGAAUUCGAUUAAAAAGGACAAUUCACAUGUCAUUCGUACCAGAUGAAGAAAUUGGUGGAAAAGAUGGAAUGGAAGCUUUCGUAGCAACUCAGGAUUUCAAAAAUUUAAAUAUUGGUUUUGCAUUAGAUGAAGGAGUAACCACUGUAGAUAAUACAUACAGUGUGAGCUAUGCAGAAAAAACCAGAUUUCCAUUAUGGGUCCACUGUCGCGGAAAUCCUGGUCAUGGUUCAACAUUAUUUAACAACACUGCUGGUGAAAAAUUAAGAGUCGUCAUCGAUAGAUUCAUGGAUUUUCGAGCUUCAGAAAAGGCAAAAUUAAAAGAUCCAAAAGUACAGCCGGGAGAAGUGACUUCAGUUAAUUUGGAUAUGAUUCAGAAUGACGACGUGCUGCUGGCAGUUGCUGAUGGGACGCAUGCGCUACACGAGUGUCGCCAUUUACUUUUAGCGGGUGGCGUUCAGGUGAAUGUGAUACCAAACGAACUUUCUGUCGCCUUUGACAUUCGAGUUGCCCCUGGCACUAAUCUUGAGAAAUUCGAGAAAAUGGUUAACGGAUGGUUGGAAGAAGCUGGAGAGGGAGUCAAUUAUACAAUAAUUGCCAAAGAUGUUCAGGUCGAAAGUACUAAAUUAGAUGAUAGCAAUCCUUUCUGGAUUGCUUUCAAAAAGACUUUUGAUGAUUUUGUCCUGAAACUGGAACCUAUCAUAAUUUCACCUGCCAGUGAUUCCCGUUUUUUGCGAGCCAUUGGUAUUCCUGCACUCGGAUUUGCACCAAUGAUUAAUACAACAAACCGUAUGCAUGCGAGUAACGAAUAUUUGAAUAAAGAUGUAUUUCUAGAAGGAAUUGAUAUAUUUAUGAAAAUUAUACCUACUGUCGCUAAUGUUUGAAGAAAAUAAACAAUGCUUUACUUGUAUUUCUUUAUACUACUGCACUGA